CUCCCUCCCUCCCUCCCUCCGCCCGAGAAAAUGCUGCGCCUGGCCCUGCGGAGCUCUGCCCGGCUGCGCCCCGGGGCGCUGCUCCGCCUCGCCUGCCAGCCCCUCUCCGGCGCCGCCGUCCCCGCGCCCAACCCGCAGCCCGACAUCGCCUACAACAAGAUUUUCAUCAACAACGAAUGGCAGGAUGCGGUCAGCAAGAAAACCUUCCCCACCAUCAACCCAUCCACGGGGGAGGUCAUCUGCCAGGUUGCGGAGGGCGACAAGGCUGAUGUGGACAAGGCUGUGAAGGCAGCCAGAGAUGCCUUCAAGUUUGGGUCUCCUUGGAGAAGGAUGGAUGCCUCCCAAAGGGGCAAAUUACUGUACCGACUGGCUGACCUGAUUGAAAGAGACCGGACUUAUUUGGCCGCUCUGGAAACAUUGGACAAUGGCAAGCCAUACGCAAUCUCCUACCUGGUAGACUUAGAUAUGGUUAUCAAGAAACUCCGGUACUAUGCAGGUUGGGCUGACAAAUUGCAUGGGAAAACCAUUCCCCUGGACGGAGACUUUUUCACUUAUACAAGACAUGAGCCUGUGGGCGUUUGUGGACAGAUCAUUCCGUGGAACUUCCCAUUGUUGAUGCAGGCGUGGAAGCUUGGUCCCGCUCUGGCCACAGGGAACGUGGUGGUGAUGAAACUGGCUGAACAAACUCCCUUGACUGGCUUGUAUGUGGCCAGCCUGAUCAAAGAGGCUGGAUUCCCUCCAGGCGUGGUGAACAUUAUUCCUGGUUAUGGACAUACAGCUGGGGCUGCUAUAUCUUCUCACAUGGAAGUGGACAAAGUUGCAUUCACUGGUUCCACCUCGGUUGGGCACCUGAUCCAGAAGGCUGCAGCAGACAGCAAUAUGAAGAGAGUGACUCUUGAGCUUGGUGGAAAGAGCCCAAACAUCAUCAUGUCCGAUGCUGAAAUGGACUGGGCUGUUGAGCAAUCCCAUUCUGCGUUGUUCUUCAAUCAAGGCCAGUGCUGUUGCGCUGGAUCUCGGACCUUUGUCCAAGAAGACAUAUAUCAUGAGUUUGUGGAGAGGAGCGUGGAGAGAGCCAAGUCCAGAAUAGUUGGGAACCCAUUUGACUUCCAAACCGAACAGGGGCCCCAGGUGGAUGAAACACAGUAUAAGAAGAUCCUUGGAUACAUUGACAGUGGAAAAAAGGAAGGAGCAAAAUUACUUUGUGGUGGGAGUCCCGCAGCAGAUAAGGGCUACUAUAUCCAGCCAACUAUCUUUGGAGAUGUGCAGGACAACAUGAAAAUAGCCAAAGAAGAAAUUUUUGGGCCCGUUAUGCAGAUUUUGAAAUUCAAAACCAUUGAGGAAGUUAUCCAGAGAGCAAAUGAAACCAAAUAUGGGCUGGCAGCCGCUGUUUUCACAAAGGAUAUUGAUAAAGCAAACUACAUUUCUCAGGGCUUGCGAGCUGGAACUGUUUGGAUCAAUUGCUACAAUGUGUUUGGGGCACAGGCUCCAUUCGGAGGGUUCAAAGAAUCUGGCCAAGGGCGUGAGGGAGGAGAAUAUGGCCUGAACCCAUACAUGGAAGUAAAAACAGUCACCAUCAAAGUCCCACAAAAGAAUUCUUGAAGAAGAAAUACCUGAAGCUGUCCGCCUAUGUCACCCAAUGCUUGAUAGAAAAACUUCAUGAGGAAUUGAAGAAUUCUACACUAGGAAAGAAAAUCUGGCUUCUCUAAGUGUUUCACAGAAUGUACAUGUAACCAAUGAUUAAGAAGUCUUUAUUUCUCUGCUUAAACCGUCCUUGGCUCCUUUUCCCAAGACCAAACCUGUGUAAUAAUUAAGAGCAAGGAAAAUCGAAUAUUCUUCACUCCAGUGUAACCUGAAGAGAAAAUCUACAGAAGCAGGCUACUUUUGAGUAUUGAAUGUUGUUAAGACACCUCUUCAUAUAUUCUAUUUUUUUUUUUUUUUUACUUUUUCUAAUACAUAAAAGAUUUUAUGCUUAA